AGCAGCGGGAUGUUGUGGAGAGGAUGUUGCGUCUGAGCUGCCGCCGACCAGGCUGAUCGCAGCCGGACGCGCACGGUGCGCGGUGACAGGAAGACGCGGCUCACACUCACACACACGCGCGCUCACACAUAGGAAGGAGAGGGAGGGGACCGAGAGUAAGUCACACACGCGGAUGCGCACGAGAAAUGAUCCUCUCCUAGACGAUGGCACCGUCGGGCUCGCGGAGCGUCAAGAGCGGCUGUAAGAGAGUUGUGUACUGGAUCCCGGUCCUCUUCAUCGGCCUCGUAGUGGCGUGGUCCUACUACGCCUAUGUGUUGCAGCUCUGCAUAGAGUCCAUCGAGCACCUCGCAGAGAAGGUGAUUUACUUGCUGGUGUUUCACGUCGUCUUCGUCAUGUUCGUGUGGGCGUACUGGCAGACCAUCUUCACCCGGCCCGCCAGCCCCCUGAAGGAGUUCCACCUGUCCUGCUCGGACAAAGAGCUGCUGGAGCGGGAAGACCGCGGGGAGUCUCAGCAGGAGAUCUUGAGGAGGAUAGCCAGGGAUCUGCCCAUCUACACGCGCACCAACUCUGGAGCGAUCCGUUUCUGUGACCGCUGCCAGCUGCUGAAGCCCGACCGGUGUCACCAUUGUUCCGUCUGCGACCGAUGCAUCCUGAAGAUGGAUCACCACUGCCCAUGGGUCAACAACUGCGUGGGAUUCUCCAACUACAAGUGCUUCAUGCUGUUCUUGACGUAUUCGUUGCUCUACUGCCUUUUUAUAACUGCCACGGACCUGCAGUACUUCAUUAAGUUCUGGCUGGCUGGAGGUAAAGCACAUAUCCGUCUGAGGGAAUACAUGAACGGCCUCCCAGACACGCAGGCCAAGUUCCACAUCCUGUUCCUCUUCUUCUCCGCCUCCACGUUCUCCGUCAGCCUGGCGUCCCUGUUGACGUACCACUGCUGGCUGGUCUGCAAGAACAGAUCCACCCUCGAGGCGGUGCGAGCUCCGGUGUUUUGCCACGGCACCGAUAAGAACGCCUUCAGUCUGGGCGUCGGUAAGAACUUCCGCCAGGUCUUUGGGGAUGAGGUUAAAUACUGGCCGGCUCCCGUGUUCUCCGGGCUAGGUGACGGCUGCUCGUUCCCAACCUGUCUCGUGAACGUGGACCCGGAGCAGGCCUGCACAUCGCCCACUGGCUCCAACCCCGCCAACAAGAGUGCAGCAGAGGGCCGCCAGUUCUCCUCCAAGCCACUGACUGACUCUCAGAGUCGACUGCUCACCAGCACCCCCUCCUGGUCAGAGAGUGACAGCGCAACAGGCCGGAAAGGUGCCAAUAACCCGGUGAUGAUCAUUGAAAACGAGGCGUGGCCAGUCAGAGAUGGAGGUGACACACAAAGUCAAUGACAUCAUCAAUAUUGGUUGUUUUCCUGCUCCCGGAGAGCUUUACCGGACCGACAUCACCAACAGAGCAGAGGAAGAAUAUCAUCAUCAUCAUCAGUAUUACUCUUAUUGCUAUCAGCGACUAUUCCUGCUGCCAAUCCGAGAGUAUUUGGGCUUCAGAAGAAAUGAAAAUUGCAUUCCGACGAUCACAUUUCCCCUUCGUGUGUAUAUGAAUAAGCACAGGGCGGCCAUGGAAGAGACUGUUCUGCACUUUGCAUCCGAGGAGAUCAACCGGAGCUGCUUUCAUGUGUGUUAACAGCUCACGUGACAGAAAACUCUCUGAAUUAUUUACACAAUUUUCUUGUUUCGCGUUGUUCCUCUCGCGGCUUAGCACAUUAAUAAAUGGUGUUACGAGUUUGCCAAAUGUUUUGCACAUUCAGUAUAGAUUAGUAGUGCCGAUAAUGUGACGUAACCAAUAUUCCUUUUAGUCAUUUCAACUCUUUCAGUGAAGGAUCUUUAUGUGUAAGGCCUACGAUUGUUUCCACCCUCCACGUGUUGAGUGUCGUGGAAAUCGAAGUGAUGCAUGCUCUUAUCUCAGGGUGUUGUCGUGAACCGUACCGCAAGAUGUCCACCCCCCCCCCCCCCCACCCCUUUGCUUGGUUAAUGAAAAAAGAAGGAAAAAAAGUGCAGUGAUUAGUAAUUCCAUUUGGAUAAGGGCUCUUCUGAUAUAGCAUGAGUGAGGAUGUUGCUGAACGUAUCGAAAGCGAAGAAAGAAACGGCGACAGCUGCUUCCGAACAGUUUAUUUUCUACUAUAAUGUAUGCUUGUUUCAAGAAGAAAGAAGAAGAAAAAGCUCCAUUCUGACAGCCAGUGUCAAUCUAUAUUUUUCUAUUCUUCAGUCUGUACGACUCGAGAGGCGAUGAGCAUGUGUGAGGCGAUGUGCUGGACGGCCGUGCUGCCUUAUACCAAUAAAAUGAGCUCAUCUUCA